CCGAUUACAAUCCAAAUGUCUUCGGGAAAGGUUAGUAGUGAUAUUAAGAUAACAGAGGGAAAGGCAGAGAUCUGUUUUCCUGAUUCAAAUUCUGUGUUCUACAACCCCGUUCAAGAAUUUAACAGAGAUUUAAGUACAGCAGUCAUAAAGCUGUUUUCCAAGGAACGUUUGGAAGACAAGAGAAAACCAAAUUUGGAAAGUACUUCCGAUGGAGAAGACGAGGGAACGGAUGAAACGUGUGAAGGACUUGACCAGGAGAAGUCUAAUCCCAAAGUGGCAUUAUACUCAGGGAAAAUACCCAAUGAACAAAAACGAAAUGAUGGAAUCACUAUCCUGGAAGGUUUGUCAGCAUCUGGUCUGCGUGCAGUGAGAUAUGCCUUGGAAGUGGCAGGUGUAAAGAGCGUAACUGCCAAUGAUAUCAGUGCUGAUGCUUACAAAAUGAUUCAGCAAAAUGUUGAGCAUAAUAAUGUGCAGCAUAUUGUAAAGCCAAGCAAAGAGGAUGCUGGGUUACUGAUGUACAAACAUCGUCAUCCUCCUUCAAGUCGCUUUGAUGCAAUAGAUUUAGAUCCAUAUGGAUCAGCAUCAGUCUUUCUUGAUAGUGCAGUUCAAGCUGUAGCUGAUGGUGGCAUUCUCCUGGUAACAUGCACAGACAUGGGGGUGCUCUGUGGAAACCAUAGCGAGGCUUGUUUUGGAAAAUAUGGCAGUAUGUCUUUAAAAGCCAAGUUUUGUCAUGAGAUGGCUUUGAGAGUGUUGCUCUUCUCUUUGGAAACUCAUGCUAAUAGAUACAAACGAUACAUUAAACCUCUUUUGAGCAUAAGUGUGGAUUUCUAUGUGCACGUUUUUGUGCAAGUCUUUACAAGUGCCUCAGAAGUGAAAAGAUCAGCAAGUAAAAACUGUCUGGUCUUCAUGUGCAUUGGAUGUGGAAGUUUUCAUUUUCAGCCAAUGGGCCGCUGUAUUGAAGAAGGUCUUAGCAAGAAGUACCCCCCAGCCAUUGGUCCUCCAGUUGGAUCCUCGUGUGACCAGUGCGGUAGGCAAUUCCACAUGGGAGGACCCAUAUGGAAAGAGAAAAUUCACGAUGCUGAGUUUGUAGAAAGAUUGCUCAAGACUGUGAAGGAACAACCUGGUCUGUUCAAGACUUCAGAAAGGAUAAUUGGACUGUUGAAUGUUAUCCAAGAAGAACUACCUGACUGUCCUCUAUACUACAGUGUGGAUCAUCUCUGUGGAGUUCUUCAUUGUAACACACCUUCUCUUGUGCAGAUCAGAUCUGCUCUGCUAGAAGCAGGCUACAAGGCUUCCAGCUCUCAUGCGUGCAAACAAGCACUCAAAACUGAUGCUCCUCACAGUGUUGUGUGGGAUGUCAUGAGGUGUUGGGAAAAACUUCACCCUGUAAAACGAAGGAAAGAAAAUUCUCCAGGUGCAGCCAUUCUCAGCAAAGAACCUGCCAUUCAGGUGUCGUUCAAAGAAAAACCUGAAGCAAACCCUCUGUCAAGAAAGAAUAAGCUUCUGAGAUAUCAAGCGAAUCCUGAGGCCAACUGGGGACCAAAGCCUAGGGCAAAGAGGAAAAAAGAAACAGAGACAAUAGAGGAUAAGAGGCAGCGUCUACAAGGACGAAGGACUCCAGAAGAAGACAAAGAUUAUUACAAACAAUUUCCUUGUAAGAAAUUUCGACUUGGCAAGUGUACGUAUGGUGACGAGUGUAAAUAUUCGCAUGAUGUAAACCUGUACAUUAGGAAAAGUAGAAUUCCCCGAAGUGAUGAUGACUGCUCAGCGGUGAAUAUUGGAGAGUCAAGUUGAACUGUUUGAUGAUCUCUGAACACUUUCUUUAAUCUUUUGAAAAAUAAAACACUACGGAAAAGGCAUUCUUGACACACGUAAUGAUUCUAUAAGGUAAGCAGAAGGGUGGGUCUUUGUGAAUAGCCCGUUCGGAUUUUGCAGGUCCGGUUAGUUAGCCGAUUUGUUUUCAAAAUGGCGGCUUUCGUGGUCAUAGUUUUGAGCUCAUUUGAAGACUUUUUGAACGGAAUCUCAAAGACCUGCGAGUGAUAAAUUUUUGGUUGACAGAGCAUACUUGACCUUUAAAGUUGCGUUAGCAAUACAAGAUAGAUUUCAAUGUCACAGUGAACUACAUGGCUGUCAGUGAGUUUUUCUUUUUUUACGUUACAGGCGUCAGAAUCAUAUUAUUUCACUCUCAAUAGUCAAUGCCACCUCACUUUUUGUUAGACAUAAGUUAACUUUGGCACGACUUUUUAAAAAAAUUUCUGUUUUUAAUUUUUCGGCAGGACUUUAAUUUGCCGCCACAACUUUAAUUUUUCGGCGCUACCUUAAUAUUCUGGUCUGUUAUUAAAACAGUACCCACAAAUGAAAGCCUGUGCAGUGAUCUUCGCAGUGAUGAACACUACUUAAGCAGUUUUAUUCUCUUUUCUUUUUUUUUCAGGCCUUAUUUUCACUACUGCUUAACUAGUGUUCAUUACUGCGAGGAACACUUUCAUUACGUAUAUGAUUUUCUUAAAUUCACAGUCAGUACCUACAAAUGUUUACCUUAAGAUUUAAAUGUCAUCUCGUUCAAAUUUUUUAUGGGCUUUGGUGGAGACAUUAACUGUCAAGUUGUUUUGUGUUAACACACAAGGUCAUAAGCAAAGCAGUUUUCUGAUGGUACAAAAAGAAACAAAAUCAAAGCGAUUAUUCUUGUUAGUAGGAAGUCCAACUUCCGCAGCACAUUGAAGUUUGUUAGUAUUUUCGUGUUAGUGGGACUAAGAUGACUGCUACUAAGCUCACUACCUAAUUCUUUGGGCUCAGAAACAACUACAUUAACAUUUACAGGCUCUUCAACUAGAUUACUACUUUUCUCUGCAUAAGGCCUCAACAUAUUUCCAUGACAUAACUGUGUCUGUUUUCGCCUAUCUGGAGUGACUAUUAUGUAAUUUGGAUCAUGUAACUUCUUCACAGACAUAGGGACCAAAGCAUCGAGAAUGAAGUGUGUUACCAGGCACUGGCAACAACACAAGAACCUUUUGACCUAGCAUAAAGUCACAUUCUUCAGCAACUUCGUCAUACUUCUUUUUCAUAGACUUCUGAGAGUAGACUUUAGCUAACUCACAAGCUUUAAAGAGCUUAGUGCAAAAAUCUGAGACAUACUUCUAAAGAUUGAUGGGCUCAGUUACACAACAACUUUUCUUUAACAGAACAGUCUAAAAACUUACAACACCAUAGUUUGAUACUAUUACAUCCUAAAUACGUGAGGUAUGGCAUGCACGUCAGCAUGAGCAAGAAUUCUAGAAAUUUCUAGAUAUUAAUCUGGCAGUUGUUAUCAAUAACACGGUCAGUCACGGGAAAUGGUAGAUUGACCACUAAGGGGCAGGUUGACUGCUAAAUACAGGUUUCACACACUAGGGUUAUUAUAAAAAACAACGCCACUUUAUGCAAUAAUUGACUACUCGAUGUACAGAAUCUUGCCCGAAAAUUCUACUUACUUGAUUUUGGUUGUGAAAUAUGGAUUAAGAAUUACUUGAAAGAUUAUUAUUUGUUUUAUUUGAGAGGUUCCACUUUCAGUUACCAUUCAGUACAGGUGGAGGACAAUAAAAACAGGCCGUUGGGACUAA